CCAUAUUGGAAUUUAUGCUACUGGACUGGAUUAUACAAACUAUUUUAAUCUUCGUUUAAUCGCCCAAACUCUAUUUGCUGAUGCUCGAGACUGAAAGCACCGGAAACACUCAGUCGAGUUGAGUUCGACAUCGCGGAUAUGAUGUGACGUCGUAACACGUGACGCACGCUCGCUCUGUGUUCUCUAAACUCCCUACCAACCAUCACGCCGCUUCUUCCUUCAUCGAGUCAACUAAUUAAUCCGCAUUAUUUUUUCUUGUUUUUAUUUAUUUUCAGGAUCUAUUCUCGUAUUGUUUUUGUUUUUCUCUCUCUUUCUAUGUCUUUCUCUUUUUGUUUCAUCCCUCCGAGCGAAAAGUGCAAAAUCGCGGCUCUAUGCAAACGUACCGCCAAACGAACGGUUCCCACUACUCUUCUUCCGUCAUCAUAUCACCUUUUGAUCACUUGCAAGCCAAUAGGCCAAAACUCAGAUCGUUCGCCUAUCUACUACUACUACUACUACUACCACCACCACCACCACCACCACUGCUACUAGCGCCUACUGCUACCUCUGCUACUACUUCUACUACCACCAACAUCAUAACUUCUACUACCUGUUCUUUGGCCCGUUUACGUGUUUCGCGUCCCGUAUUAUCCCUGUGCCUUACGCAGAGCGCAGCCUCGUAAGACAGAGUAUGAAACUGAAAGUAGCAAAAACGAGUAUUGCUGAACAAAACACAACACACAAAACAGUAUUCGCAGAGUGUACGAGGCGAAAACAAUGAAAUUGUUGUAGUUGUGAACUCUGACUCGUGGCAUGUGUGUGCCCACGAGUCUUCUUCCCCUUCAAGAGAUCCAUGGAAGAGAAACGAAGAUUUCGCCGUUCAUUCUGCAGCCCGUAUACGACCUACGCCAAAUGGGCGAUGUGGCCUUCGGUCCGGGUACUCGAUCGGCGCUACUCGGCAUAUUGGGUGGUGCACUGCCGCGCCUGACGUCGGAGCAGCACGAUCUCGUGACACGCGCGAAGAAGUAUGCGAUGGAGCAGAGCAUCAAGAUGGUGCUGAUGAAGCAAACGCUUGCCCACCAGCAGCAGCAGCUCGCCAGUCAGCGGACACAAGUUCAGCGCCAACAGGCAUUGGCCUUGAUGUGUCGUGUGUACGUCGGCAGCAUUUCAUUCGAGCUAAAGGAGGAUACGAUCCGAGCAGCGUUCCUACCGUUCGGGCCGAUCAAAUCGAUCAACAUGUCGUGGGAUCCGAUCACUCAGAAGCACAAAGGAUUUGCGUUUGUCGAGUACGAAAUUCCGGAAGGCGCACAGCUCGCAUUGGAGCAGAUGAAUGGUGCAAUGCUGGGUGGGCGCAACAUCAAAGUGGGACGACCGAGCAACAUGCCCCAAGCACAGCAGGUGAUUGACGAGAUACAGGAAGAAGCCAAGAGCUACAAUCGGAUCUACAUCGCGUCCAUUCAUCCGGAUCUCACCGAGGAAGACAUCAAGAGCGUGUUCGAAGCGUUCGGCCCGAUCGUAACGUGCAAGAUGUCGCAAGGCAAUGCCGUGCACUCGCACAAGGGAUACGGGUUCAUUGAGUACCAGACGAACCAAUCAGCCAUUGAAGCAAUUGCCAGUAUGAACUUGUUCGAUCUCGGCGGCCAACUGUUGAGAGUUGGUCGUUCGAUUACGCCACCAAACGCAUUGAUGGGCCCGGCGGCCAAUUCGGCAAUGCCGACGGCUGCUGCCGUAGCAGCGGCGGCUGCAACAGCCAAAAUACAGGCCAUGGACGCGGUCGCAACAAACGCAGUGUUGGGUCUGUCGGCCACCGCACCUACGCUGAAGGUGGGUCUCGGUGGGUUGCCGAUGAAUCCCACCAUAACGACGGCAGCAAGUGCCGGUUUGGUGGCUCAGGCCCACCUGGCCGCGGCCACACAGGCAGCGGCCGCCAUCAAUCAGCAGCCCGGUCUGCUGGGGGCACCGAGCGGUGCUGCACUUGGACUCGCUCCGUCGUUGCUCAUGAAUCCCGUCCUGGGAGCGACCGUAAAGACGCUACCGACCGUUCUGAGCCAAGCCAAUCCAGCGGCGGUUGCUGCGGCGGCUGCAGCGGCUGCGGCGGCGGCUGCCGCAGCAGCUGCCGCUCCGAACGCGACAGCGGAGGACGUGUACAAGAAAGCACAGGAAAAGCAACAAGAGGAGUUACAGAAGAAGCUGUUGGAGGAGGGUGAACCGCAGACACUGCAGCAGCAGGAGUCAAUGUCGAUCAAGGGCCAGAGCGCGCGUCACUUGGUGAUGCAGCGACUAAUGCGGCCACGCGAAAGCAAAGUCGUGAUACUGCGCAAUAUGGUCGGUCCGGAAGAGGUGGACGAGAUGCUGGAGGAUGAGAUUCAAGAUGAGUGUGGCAAGUACGGUGACGUGAAGCGGGUUAUUAUCUACAAGGAGCGCCAGUCCGAGGGCACCUAUGCCGAGGACGACAACACGGACAUGAUCGUCAAGAUCUACGUCGAGUUUUCGCAGGCGACCGAAGCAGACAAAGCCCGCGACGCAUUGAACGGUCGCUACUUUGGCGGCCGGCUGGUCAAAGCGGAGUCAUACGAUCAGGCUCUCUAUGAUCAUGGCGAUCUGUCUGGUUAAGUACACUGAGUCCUUGCUUCAUAAAAUUGCGAUGCAAUGCGAGCUGCAUCCUCUUGCACUCCCCUCCUCCUCCACUCGAAAGAGGAUCGAAUGUCCUCGGGAGAUUUCCGUGCGCGAUCAAUACCUCUUGCGGUGGUGAGGAGCAGUUGUGGUUCCCGGAUCAGUUGGUGCGAUGCCGAUGGUCGCACUAACCUCGAAAGAUGUUGUCCAUUCUCGCAAGAGGGACCCAACGUGUGGUCGAUGUAUGUCUUGGAAAUUCAUUUCGUAAUCAAUUUUCUUCGUGAGACUAAGGUACGACACUAUCGAUAGUAGACCAUCGUGUACCGCAUUUCAGAACGGCCAGAUAGAUUGUAACGUUUUCUUUAUCAAAUCACAUCAUCACCACGGUAGCACCACUCAACUUGAAUCAGUUUGGCUAUGGUUGAGAACACGGGAGAGGAAGAUUACAAGACCAGUAAAUUGAUACCGACGGAGAGAUGGUACGAUUUUAGAAUUAACAGGUGUUCGUGGGAGUAAACUGUAUUGUAUGAUGCAACUAUCAUAAUGCAAUGUUGAAACGGGGAGACGAAUUAAGAAAUAUCUACUAUUUAGGAGAUACGUUAGAAGUUAGCAGAACAGCAAAUGAGAACAAAUGAAGAUAAAACAAUCUUUCCCUUUUACGACAGGUACUUCUUGUACUUUACGACGUCCAGCGGGCUGAAUGAAACCGCAUAAAAAUCGAGUAAACAGUGAUCCUCGUUCGAUUUGUUCAGAAUCGGUGGCUUUAAGAACGGAAGAAUGAAUACGAAAUUAGUAAUGCUACAAAUCAGCGACGCCAAAUCGCAUGCUGAUGGCCGGUUAGGUUAUUUGGUUAGGGCUCAAAACAUCUACAACCAUAUACCGUCGCUUCUGAUUCCAGCACGAAAAUGGCGGCGGACACUUUUCUUUCUGUUUCAAAAGUGCAGUAAUUUGCAAAACCAUUGUAAGGCAAACACCUUAGAGAGACAGCGGAUGCAUCAUUCUUCGGUCUUGCAUAUUAGAAUAAAUAUUAGUGUAUAUACAACUUUAACACAAGGAAGAGUUCUUUUCUCAUACGAUCGAUAAAAUAAAGAACU